GAUUGCCGAAGACUGAGAUGCAUUUGAAGCGACUUCUGAUCGCGUUGCCGAUUCUUGUCUCAGCCGAAGUCCAUCGACUAACCCAAGCUACGUUCGCGCCACUCAUCGAGCAGCAUGACACGGUGCUUGUAAAUUUCGGCGUACCAUGGUGUGGGCAUUGCAAACUCCUUGAGCCACACUAUGAAAUAGCUGCCGCGUUUCUCGCGGACCACAAUGUUGUCCUGGCCAAGGUCGACUGCACAACCAGGCUAUUCGAACAAGUCGAUCUAUGCCACGACAUCAAGGUGUACCCGACCUUGCGACUCUAUCAUGGUACCACAAAAUCAUUUGAGCCUUAUGAAGGUCAGAGGAAAUCAUCUGAUGACAUCAUCUCUGCAAUGACCAACGGCGCGUUUCCAACCUCGUCUAGCCGAUUUGCCGCGGAUACGGAGAUUUACAAGGAGAGACCUGCAAUUUAUGAUACGCCUCUGGACCUUCCACCAGAUUCCACUGCUCCUAAUGCCAUUCUCACCGCAGAAGACUCUCUGUCUGCUCUUGUCAAGGUCGCAGUUCCCGGCCUUCCCAUACCUCUUUCAUCCUCCGCAGACUCGAGCUAUUCAAGCUCACUUCUCCUCAACUUCUCCGUGUCGGAUAAUGGCAAGCAUCUUCUUCUCAAUGGCGAAUUGCUAGCCCUCCGAGUACCCGAUCCAUCUCGACCUCGCCUCAUUUCUGCUCCUCAAGUACCUCUGACCUCCAACAUCACCGAGCAGGAAGACGAGACUUCCACAAACUAUGUCGAGCUCGACUACGAAUUCUGGGCGAACAAUCGCGAUGACCCAAACAUCAUUUACUAUAACUACUAUCCCAAAAUCUACUUGAACCUUAUCGGAGCUAGAGCAUCCGAACCAAAGAACGCCUUCCAUGACAUACUUCUCGACUCUCUGGACCAGAAGUAUGUGGAGAUUCAACUCCAUGAUCCUGAAGCAAGAUCGUCUGGUGACCCGAACGUCUCUUACAAGAUUGUAAAUGUCAAGUUACUAGAUCGCGCCGCGGACUACGUUCCUCCUUAUCCUAAUAGCAAGUCUUGCAGUCGCUGGUCAUGGCGAUGCGCAGAUUAUGGAGAUCCGCCUUGGUAUCGCUAUAUUUGGCGCCAGAAUUUUGAUGAGUAUGGGAGAAUAGGAAGUAUGCGCUGGAAUGUGCUGAUGCGGUGGAAGAGGAUCAAAGGAAUGGUGUGGAAUUUGCCGUGGACGAUUCAAGCGAUCUGCGUUCUGGCAGUUGGCUACAAAGUUCACUCGAUUUGGUGGAGCAAAGGCAGGCGACAACUCUUGCUGCCUCUGUGGCAGACCAAGGAGGCGCAAGCCAAGGAGUGUGUGAAGUGAAGUGGUGGUAAUUCCGGCGGAACGCUCUUUGCACUGCCGAUUGUUUGCGACUGCCCGAUCUUGGGGCACCACACAUGGCGACAAUCCCCGUGCUUCAGGGACUGUCUUUGGACCCGGCACGACAUGUUCGAAAACUCUGCUCGUCGUCCACAAGGCGCCUAUCGCGAAACGCAAGGUUUGAGCAAUUCAUCAUCAUGACAUUUCGUAAACUACAGAAUUUUGCUCCUACAGCGAAAGAUUAGCGCAGCUGAAUGCUGGCUUUGUUCCUCCCGUAUAAUCAGCAAUGAUCGCCUUCACCGCGGCAUAAAGACCCGGACCGAGCAAGAACAAGCCGCAAAUCAUGACCACAACGUGCACGAC